AUGACUCUUGGUGAGAACAGUGGAGAGGUCAUGUCACAGCAUGCCGAUGGAGAAGAGUUUUAUGAGAAAUUAAGGGGGAAGAGGUCAAAGCAUUUUGAGAAACAGACUCAGGAAGUGUCAAAGGCAUGGAAAGAGUUGUGUGAGGAGGAAAGAAAGCGGAGUGUCCAAGAGGGAAUUAAGGAGCUAAUUGAGGUGGAAGAAGAAGGAGAUGAAAGGGAUGAUCACAAUUUUCACAUUGAUGAAGAUUUUGAGGAGAAUGAAGAUGGGAAUAAUGAUGAGUCUCCCAUAGAAGAAGGAAAAGAUGAUAAAUCUGUACAAGAAGAAGGAGAAGGAGAAGAAGGUGAUAAUGAUAAAUCUACCAAUAAAGAAGGAGGAGGAGAAGAAGGUGAUGAUGAUGAGUUUGCCAAUAAAGGACAAGGAAAAUGUGAUGUGGGUGGGGAAGAAAUAGAGAAGGGAUAA